GAUGUCUGCCGCAGCUGCUUUACCGCAGGUUCAUCACCUCCAGGGUUUCUCUCGGCUCCGCAGUCCUGCUGCCUGGGGGCGGAGCUCUGUCGCCGCUGCCGCUAUAAACCUGUGCGCGCUUCACCUCGCGCCAGGAUGUUGCGCAUGCGCGCGUGUCGACCAGCUGUCAGCGCUCUGCUGCGCAUCAGCGUGCAGCCGCUCAGCCUGCCUUCCCGUGGCGACUCACUGCGCACGCUUCCGGGCUUCGUCUGUCUCAUCGGUGUAUCUCCACUGAAGUGAAACCACAGCACCUUUUAAUGAAGAACACCAUCCCAAGGUACAACACCAUUGUACGGCUGUUUGCUCACAGUUGAUAUUUCACUUCUUACACAGGUUCCUGCUGUGCUGUGCUGGGGCUGAAGGUCCAGAAUGAGAGCAGUGGUCUCGGUGAGCUGUAACUUUUUGUUUGUCCUAUUGGACGUUACUCUCACCACCAUCCUGUACAUUGACGGCACGCAAGUCAGACGCUUCUUGCAAGAGCUGAACAACUUUGAUAUCUUCACCUCCACGAUUGAUGUGUGGUUGAUCUGUCUGAUCCGAGCUUGUGUCUUACUUGGAGCGUCAACCGGUGUGGCCAGAAACAGCACGGAUGGCCCCAGAAGGGUCAAGAAACUGAACACGGCAGUCUCUGUCCUGUGCAUGGUAAUGGUGGUCUAUGCCGUAGCCAAGUUGCUGCUGUUUUCAGAAGUAGCCGUCUUGCUGGGUGCACCGUGGUUCCUCAGUCUGUUUGCGUGGUCUUGUAUUUCGUCACUUGCCACAUUAGGAUUUUGGAAAUUGCUCUGUUUGGUAAAGACCAAGAGGGAGUUAUUAGUAAUUAAUGAAGAGAAAACCAAAGAAGAAGAAGGAGACGAUGAAUCAGAGGCCUCGGGUGCUUCCAUUGAAGAAAGCAACAAAAAAGAGAACAGAGGAAGCUCAAAAGCCACGAUAAGCCGACUUUUGUCUUACACAAAAGAAGACGCUGGUGUUCUGGGAGUUGCUUUUGUUUUCCUUAUUCUGGCUGCCCUGGGUGAAUGCUUCAUACCUUACUACACUGGACUGGCUGUCGACGGGAUUGUCAUUCAAAAGAGUAUGGUGGUGUUCACAAAAGCUUUGCUUCUAAUGUUGCUGCUUGCCAUUUCAAGUUCCUUUGCCGCUGGGAUUCGUGGCGGGAUGUUUAACCUCACAUUUGCCCGACUGAAUGUCAGGAUUCGUAAUCUGCUUUUUAGAUCUCUGGUUCAGCAAGAAAUUGGCUUCUUCGACUCAAACCACACAGGCGAUAUCACCUCCCGUCUGACGUCUGACACCACACUUGUGAGUGACCUGGUCUCUCAGAAUGUCAACAUUUGUCUACGCUGCUUGGUGAAGGGAGUCGGUGUCUGCAUCUUUAUGUUCAGCCUCUCCUGGAAAUUGUCACUUGUUACUUUUAUGGGAUUUCCACUCGUCAUGAUCGUUUCAGAGCUCUACGGAAAAUACUAUAAGCGCCUUGCUAGGGAGGUCCAGGAUGCACUUGCCAAAGCCAAUAAUAUUGCUGAAGAGACCAUAUCAGCGAUGAAGACCGUGAGAAGCUUUGCCAAUGAAGACAAUGAAGUGGAGGUUUACUGGGAGAAGCUGCAGCACAUGUACAAGCUGAACAAGAAGCAGGCUUUGGCCUAUGCGUGUUACAUGUGGUCCAUUAGUCUUGCUGAGGUUGCUUUGCAAGUCAGUGUCCUGUUUUAUGGUGGCCAUCUUGUAAUAAGUGAUCAAAUGACCAGUGGAAACCUUAUUUCCUUCAUUAUCUAUGAACUGGAGUUAGGAGACUGUAUGGAGAACAUUGGUUCAGUCUACACGGGGCUCAUGCAAGGGGUUGGAGCAGCAGAAAAGGUGUUUGAAUUCAUCAAUCGCAAACCCCUAAUGACAAGAGAAGGAACCAUGGCCCCUGACACUUUCAAAGGGCACGUCGAAUUCAAGAAUGUGUCAUUUGCCUUUCCAACCCGUCCUAACUCUCAGGUCUUAAAGAAUGUGACAUUUGCACUACGACCUGGUGAAGUGACAGCACUGGUGGGCCCCUCAGGCAGCGGGAAGAGCUCUUGUGUGUAUUUGAUGGAACACUUUUACGCAGCUCAGUCUGGCGAGCUCCUGCUGGAUGGGAUCCCCAUUGAACAGUACGAUCACAACUAUCUGCAUUCCAAGGUUGCACUGGUGGGUCAAGAACCAGUUCUGUUUGCUCGUUCAAUCCAAGAGAACAUCGCCUAUGGUGUGCAUGAAGUCACGAUGGACUCGGUCGUUCAGGCGGCAAAGGCAGCAAAUGCUCACGGGUUCAUCACUGAGCUACAAAGCGGUUAUAAUACAGAUGCAGGAGAGAGAGGAGCCCAGCUCUCGGGGGGUCAGAAACAACGUGUUGCAAUCGCUCGGGCACUCGUCAGGAACCCACACCUACUCUUAAUGGACGAGGCCACCAGUGCGUUGGAUACAGAAAGUGAACAUACAGUUCACCAGGCACUGGAAGGCGCCAUGCAUAACAGGACAAUUUUGGUCAUCGCCCAUCGCCUCAGCACUAUUGAAAAGGCACACAACAUCAUUGUUUUAGACAAAGGAAAGGUGUCUGAACAGGGCAACCAUAAAGAACUGAUGGCAAAAGGAGGCCUCUACUUCAAGAUGGUGCAGAGACAAAUGCUUGGUGUGGACCCUCCAGUAGACGACAGCACAGACAUGGACAGAUCAACAUCCCAAAAAGUGUCCCUUAUAAAAAGAAACUCUAGUAGAAGAACUAAUUACGAUGACUCAGACGAAGACUUUUACUUCUGAAAAGCACCUCGGUAUCCAAACAAAAGCUGCCUUUAAAAUGUGUAGUAGAAGAUAAUUGUCACAGUAAAUAAACAAGGGGUAAGGGACUGAGGAAGAGUACGAUUAUCAUCAAAAAUGUCAAACUGUUCCAAAUGAGUCCAGACAGUAAUUUACAGGUAAAAUGACAGUUCAACUGCCGUAGCAUCAUGGAUGGGAACACUGAAAUAGAGUUUGGUUAAGGAGCUCUUCAACUUUCUGCAGAGACUGACAUGGGGGUGUAUUUUAAUUUAUCUGUUUUAAAAGUUAAAAAGAGAAACCUUUUCUCUUUUAUUGCAGGACAAAAUAUUGUAAGCUGUUUUUAAACAAUGUGUUUUGCCUUAUCCUGUCCAAGUGUUUUCAGUGUGAUGUUACAAAGCAUAGCAUGAGCCCGGUCACGUGUGUAAAACUAGAUGUGGAUGUCAUCUCAAGUGCUAAGCCGUUCAGUGAACGUGAUCUGUGCGUUUGAGAAUGUCUGGCGAGAGUAUCCUAGACAGAUUAUACACAGGCGGGCUUUUUUACAAGUAAUCUCGUUAGAAGAACAAAAAAAGUUCCAUUUUAUAUAACACAUACUGAAUAAAACAAUGGGGGCACUUCUAGUAGUGAGAGUCAUUUAAAUAUCAGCACAAGUCUUUUAUUUCAGGAGGAUCAAUUUUAAACAAAAAUAUGUGUUAGUGGUCAUCGUCUGCUUCUCCUGACGUAAUGGACCUUGGAAGAGCAGGCCCAAUAUUGAGGAAAUAAGCAUUAUGUGGUAAGUUUAUAUCUAUCAAAUAGAAAUAUGGUUAGAAACUAUGACUAAAUUCAAAUGAGGAAGCUGUUUACCUCAUUAAACUUUCAUUUAAAUUACUAUUAAAUAUAUAUGACAACAACAAAUUAGAAAACUAUUUAUCCUACAAAGCCUGUUCCAUAUUUUGCUGUUAGCAUUGUUGGGCAUAAUGGUGGUUUGCAUAACAAUGGUAAAAAGACUGAUCAGUUAAUGCAAAUGUCGAUACUGUUAAUCAAUGCAAGAAUAACAUAAAAAGUAAAGUAUCUUAAGAAUCUGAAUACGCAAUGGCAGUGCAAAAUAGUUAAAGUGAUAGAUUCUCAGCCUAGCCAAUAUUUAUAUGAAAGAUGGAUGCCUUUUCUGUGCCCGUACCGUUUUUCUCAAAGCUCUCGUGUCGCAGAAGGCACACAGAUUGCGUUAAUCGGCUGCUCCAAACUGAUCGGCUAUGACAGGUGCACAAGUGUGCUGAAGUGGUUACUAAAAGGAAUUAACGGAUCUUGUUAAGUGUGUGCACUUCAUUACUUCGCAAUAACCUGGGCAAACACAG